UCAAAGAUACCUAUUGUUCCACACGUGACUUGAUCAAUGCCAAGUAUUCUGCAGAACAACCCAAGCAAAGUGUGGGAGCAUGGAUAUCUGCCUGGUGUUUUGGUGUGUUAUAUAGAUUUCCUAAAUAUUCUUUAAAUUAUCUGAAUUAAAGCUUUGCAUGUAAAAUGUUUGAGGCCCUCCAGAAAGAUGUUUAGUUUCUUACAUUAAUGCUUGGAUGUCCUAGGUAGGGCAAGGACAACGGGAAGAAGGCCAAGCUUAGGCUUUCUGUUGCUUUUCAUGUAAAAGGUUUGUCCUGAAUCCUUCCCAAGAGUUUUAUAACAAUCAGUCCAAUCCUAUCCAGAUUUAGGAGAGGAGAGGAUACUCCAUGCCUGGCAGAUGGACAGGGCACUAUUAUUAUUAUUAUUAUUAUUAUUAUUAUUAUUAUUAUUUAGGACAUGGGUAGGCAAACUAAGGCCCAGGGGCCAGAUCUGGCCCAAUCACCUUUUCAAUCCGGCCCGCGGACUGUCUGGGAAUCAGUGUGUUUUUACAUGAGUAGAAUGUGCCCUUUUAUUUAAAAUGCAUCUCUGGGUUAUUUGUGGGGCAUAGGAAUUCAUUCAUUCCCCCCCAAAAAAUAAAUGGUCUGGCCCCCCACAAGGUCCGAGGGACAGUGGACUGGCCCCCUGCUGAAAAAGUUUGCUGACCCCUGAUUUAGGACAGCCCUAUUUUCAUGGGAGAAAUGUUGGUGGGUAUGAAAACAGCACUUUAAAUUGGGCUUAGAAAUGCUCUGGGAAGCCAGCAUAGCUAGUGUUGAAUGUGCUAACUGACUGAAGUUUCCCAAAAUAAACAUAAGAAGGUGCCUUGCAUCGAAUCAGACCAUCAGACCAGUGUUGUCCACAUUGGCAGAGGAUGGUUUUUUCCAGCGUUUAAGGCCAGGAACAUUCCUAGCCCUAGCAUGAUAUGCCUGAGAUUGAACCUGCACGCAAAGCAGAUAUUCCACUGCUCAGCUACAACCCCCAUCUGUCUCUUCCAUUUAUAGGUUUGCAAGCAUGGUUUUAUAUCGGUGCAAAGCCAAGGCUCAUUCUGGAAUUAAGAAUGACAUUUGGACGCGGCUGUCUUGGAGGAGAAAUUUGUCGUUUGCUGGAUCCUCUAGCUGAACGUGCUGUUUUAGAAGCAGAGGUGCUGUUCUGCUAUCACACGUACAUGUAAUAUUCUGUCAUGGCAACAGUGUGCAUUGGACAGAGCAAAAGUGUUCAAAUUUACAAGCUUUCCAUUCAGUUUUAUAAUCAGAAUGCUUCAGAAUCUGUAAGGAAAAGCACUGUCUAUAAUUCCAACUGCUCUGGGAUCGCUAAGACACAUUUUCAUAGAUUUUUCUAGAUGCAUCAAACAGAGGCACAAAACUUUGGAGGAUAUUGGAAUAAAACAAAGAAAACUGCGGAGGAACGGAGCAGGAUUCAGACUCAGGUUUUUUGUUUACUUUCCAAAUAAUUUGUCUCUAUUAUUGGCGAAACUGGCACUUUUAGAAAUGUUUCUCCACCCUUGCAAAGAACCGCUCUUCAGUGUGGUAGCGCCUGCUUCCUGGAACUCUAUGUCUAUACACAUUAAGCAGAUUCCUUCAGUGUAUUGUUUUCAGUGUCUGCUGAAAGAGAUUUUGUUUAGGUAAGACUACCCAGGGAUGCU